UCAGGGAUGGGUGUCAGGGAGGCUUCCAUGCAAACUGGUGCUGCCGCUUGGCUCAGCACUUUAGGCAGGGAGCUGCCCGUGCGAAGGCUUGGAGAGAGCCUGGUGUUUCAGAAUUGUGUGACGUUCAGGCACUCUGGAGUCUCGGAGGAAGAGGCAUGGGUGUGGCUGGAGAGACCAGCUGCCAGGCCUGAGCAGGCAGGACCCUUGAACUCCAGGGCGUGGGGGAGCUGGAGCUUUGGACCCAGGGCAGAAGGGAGCCAUGGAUGGUUGUAGGCAGAGAGAGGACAUGGGCAGGUGGUUGCUAUUCAGGGAAGACACAGAGGAGGGGUUUCAGGGAGACCCCAAAGGAGGCUGUCAUGAGGGUCUGGUGGGUGUGAGGACCCUAAGGGGAGCUGUCGUGGGGGCUGGAGUUGGGUAAAUAGGGAGCGAGUGUUUCAUGGGGACACAGUUUCAGUUUGGGAAGAUGAGAAAGUUCCAGAGAUGGAUGGUGGUAAUGGUUGCACAACAGUGUUCACGUGUUUCAUGCUGCUGAACGGUGCACUUAAACAACGGCUACGAAGCAGCGCUUCUCAACCACGGUGACUCUAUCGGCGACUGGUGGCCAGAGAUGCUUCUAGACAUCCAACAAUGCACAGGACGGCAUCCCAACGAGGAAUCAUCAGCCCCAAAUUCAACAGUGCAGUGCAGGAGAAACCCAGCUUUGAACACACCUCCUCCUGGAAGCCCCCCUGGAUUUGACACACCUACCGCCCUUCCUCCCCACCCCUGUACCCUUUCCUUCUCCCCUUCGUAACCCCAGGAGAGGUUAAACAGGUCAAAUGAAGAGCGAGACACAGCCUCCCCCAACACACAGAGGAUCCCAAAUCUGAAAGAAGAACCAACACCCACAGAUCUGGGGCCCACAUCCGUACAGCUUUCUGUUUUUCUCCUGAAGUGAGCAAGAGGAAUUUGAUGCUUUGGUGAUCAUGGCUGCCUUAUGUGAAGCACAGAGAGGUUAAGUGACUUGCCAAAGGUCACACAGCACUUCAACGGCAGAGCCAGGAAUUUGAGCCCAGAUCCCAGCCAGAGCUGUGAUUGUGCCCGCUGAGUGGACUGCGUUGUCAGGGAGUGAGCGCCCCAUCUUCGGGAGAAUCCAAGCAGGACCGCCAUGGAGGAAGGUCAAUAUUCAGAGAUCGAGGAGCUUCCCAGGAAGCGGUGUUGCAGGCGCGGGACUCAGAUCGUGCUGCUGGGGCUGCUGACCGCUGCUCUGUGGGCCGGGCUGCUGACUCUCCUUCUCCUGUGGCACUGGGACACCACACAGAAUCUAAAACAGCUGGAAGAGAGGGCUGCCCAGAACGUCUCUCAAGUUUCCAAGAACUUGGAAAGACAGCACGGUGAUCAGAUGGCGCAGAAAUCCCAGUCCACUCAGAUUUGGCAGGACCUGGAGGAACUUCGAGCUGAACAACAGAGAUUGAAAUCUCAGGACUCGGAGCUGUCCUGGAACCUGAACGGGCUUCAAGCAGAUCUGAGCAGCUUCAAGUCCCAGGAAUUGAACGAGAGGAACACAGCUUCAGAUUUGCUGGAAAGACUCCGAGAGGAGCUGACGAAGCUACGGAUGGAGCUGCAGGUGUCCAAUGGCUUUGUGUGCAACACGUGCCCUGAAAAGUGGAUCAAUUUCCAACGGAAGUGCUACUACUUCGGCAAGGGCACCAAGCAGUGGCUCCACGCCCGGUACGCCUGUGAGGACAUGGAAGGGCAGCUGGUCAGCAUCCACAGCCCGGAGGAGCAGGACUUCCUGACCAAGCAUGCCAGCCACACCAUCUCCUGGAUUGGCCUUCGGAACUUGAACCUGAAGGGGGAGUUUAUCUGGGUGGACGGGAGCCCCGUGGACUACAGCAACUGGGCUCCAGGGGAGCCCGCCAGCCAGAGUCACGGCAAGGACUGCGUGAUGAUGCGGGGCUCCAGCCACUGGAACAAUGCCUUCUGCGACCGUAAGCUGGGCUCCUGGGUGUGCGACCGGCUGGCCACGUGUGCGCCGCCAGCCAGUGAAGGUUCCGCAGAGUCCCUGGGACCUGAAUCGAGACCGGGGCCCUGACGGCCGCCUGUCCGCCCCCUCUGCCCCUCUCCACUCUUGAGCAUGGACACAGCCAGGCCUAGAGCGAGACCUGAAGACCCCCGACCACGGCCUAAACGCCUCUUUGUGGCUGAAAGAUCCCCGUGACACUUUCUGCCACCCAAACGGAGGCAGCUGGUACAUCUCCGGCUCCUCUGCGGCCCCUGCCUUCCCAGGAAUGUCCCCCAACAGCAUCCUCUCCACAUGGGAGUGCCCCCAAACACCACCCUCUCCAGAUGCAGCCCCAUGUCCUCAGCACCCCAGGACCUCAGUACCCCAGCUCAGGUGGGGAGUCCUCCUGUCCAGCCUGCAUCAAUAAAAUGGGGCAAUGAUGGCCCCCACAUUUGUCUCCUUCUUG